AUGGCUAUCUGGAGCUCUCUUACAGUAGCCCUUGCCUUUGGCAUCGCUACGAUUCAUGCUAGUCCCUGCAAGUCAGCAUCUUCUGUCACGUUGAGCGAUGCUGUGCCUUCAUCUGUGCUUGCUGUGUCGGCAACUGACACCUCCAAAUUCCCUUUGUCGUCAAUCACUUCGGCCGCGACACGGACAACAUCAGAAUUGAAGAGGUCAACCACAGCAACGACUAGUACUACGACUACACGCGCGAGGAAGACAGAUGAUGAUGCACCUGCCAGAAAAGUUACCGCGACUUCCACGCGUACAUCGAAACCCAAAUCGACCGCGAUAAACUUGCUUGGCAACCCAGGUUUCGAUGAUUCUUCCGACAUCUUCUUCUCUCAACCAUGGGUCUUGAGGUCUUCGCAAGGAAAGUCCAUCGCCGAGUUCAAAGACGACUAUCCCGUCAAAUCGGGACCGACAGCAUUAUACAUGUCGAUCCUCAAAGAUGGCGUGCCAUCAAUCGAACAAUGGGCGGCAGGACUAGAGAAAUCCAAGCAAUACAGCUUGUCAACUUGGGUCGCCUAUGAAUCAGGAGCGGCAGGAUGCCACGUUGAUUUGAAGCUGGGCAAGACUCUCGUCAAAAGCCAUGUCAUUUCUAAAGGCCCGUCUGGUCGAUAUAAAAAGAUUGAGGGCUUGACGACAUCUAAUUUCCAGAUGGAAUUGGUCAGUAUGUGGUUGUACUGCCCUUCUGGUUCAACUGUGGCUAUUCUGGUGGACGAUUUCAGCCUGGAGGAGGUGGUGUAA